GAAGCGUCCUAUAUCUUCCCAUUCAAUUUGAGGAUCUCUCGCUCGCAGCAGCGAGGAAUCAAAUCGAAAAUUCAGACUCUCACUCUUCUCCCGUCAGCUUCCACUCAUAGUAGACAAAAUUCUACAUAGACAGAGAGAAAACUGUUGAAGAUGGCAGGAAGAGAAGUUCGUGAAUACACCAACCUCAGCGACCCCAAAGAUAAGAAAUGGGGUAAGGGAAAAGAUAAGAUUGACGAUGAAGACAUUACUUUCCAACGCAUGGUUGCAAAGGGAUAUUGGCUUCCUGUAUUGGGUGGCUGAUGCAAGCAGAUGCAAGAGGUUGCUGGGGAGCGCGGAGGUUACCUUCAUGGACGAGGCGCCUUGGACAGUGAUGAUCUACUUUAUCUCAAGGAGCAAAUGGAAGCCGAGGAGGAUGCAGAGCGCCUCCUGCGUCGCACUGAAAAACGGGCAUUUGCUGCAUUUAAGAGAGCUGCAAGUUUAGCAGAUUCUUCACCCACGUCAGUACCUCUGGCAUUUCGGGUUGAGCCGAAACCCAAAAGUGGGAUCAGGCAGCAAGAUCUGCUGAAGAAAGUCGUUGAGAUUAAACCUAAGCGGCCAAGAUGUGAUAGCAAUCAGUCAACCCCUGCUAGUAAUGCUCCUGUUACAAAUCGUAAGCCUGAUCACGAUUCUUCAAAAGAGAAGGAGCAGUCUUUACCAGGAACAAAGAAAGUGGAGGAACAAUCUUUGUCUGGAUCAAAGAAAGCAAAGGAACAUGCUUCAUUAGGGUCACAAGAAGCCGAAGCUAAGCCUAAGGUUGAAAGCUCUGGUGGGGGAUUACUGGGCCUGGCAUAUGAUAGUUCUGAUGAUGAAUGACUGGCAAUUGCAGUUUGAUGGCAGAUCAGUGCUUUCCAUCAUUGUCUUUGUAGGUUGUAGUUUUAGUACAGAAUGCUUGAUUUAAUCAGAGAAAGUAUUAAAAAUUGUAGUGUUUAGGUAUAAAAAGUUCCUUGUAUGAAGGGUGGGAAAAGAAAAUGAAGUAUUAGCCCAUUACUAUACAACUAGAUCCAAGAUACAGUUUUGUAUGCGAUCAUCGAAUUUUAAUGUGCCAGUUUUGUUAAUUCUUGAAGUAUGUUGGGGGUUCAUGGAGGACUUACAUAUUCGGAACCCAUA